AUGUUUCAUGUGUGUGAAACUGAGCAGAAGACACAGGAGCAACCAGGGAUUCACCCGGAGGAGAGCGAGGAGAGAGGAGGCCCGGAAAAGGGAGAGGAGAGAGAGGAGAGGGGAAGACCAGAGAGGAGAGAGAGGAGGUCCAGAGGAGAGAGGAGAGGACCAGAGGAGAGAGAGGAGACUGGAGGCCUGGAGGAGAGAGAGGAGACAGGAGGCCUGGAAGAUGGGAUAGGAGGACCAGAGGAGAGAGACAAGAACCAGAGGAGAGAGAGGAGAGAGGAGGCCCGGAGGAGGGAGAGGAGAGAGAGGAGAGGGGAAGACCAGAGAAGAGAGAGAGGAGGUCCAGAGGAGAGAGGAGACCGGAGGCUUGGAGGAGAGAGAGGAGAGGAGGACCAGAGCGGAGAGAAGAUGUCCAAAGGAGAGAGGAGAAGGGAAAAUCAGAGAGGAGAAGAAGUCCAGGCCUGGAGGAGAGAGAGGAGGCCCAAAGGAGAGAGUAGAGGACCAGAGGAGAGAGAGGAGACUGGAGGCCUGGAGGAGAGAGAGGAGACAGGAGGCCUGGAAGAUGGGAUAGGAGGACCAGAGGAGAGAGACAAGAACCAGAGGAGAGAGAGGAGAGGGGAGGCCCAGAGGAGAGAGAGAGGAGACAGGACACCUGGAGAAGGGGGAGGAGAGAGAGGAGUCAGGGGAAGCUAG